UCACGACUUUUAUGUGUAGAAAUACAUUGUACGAAAAACUUAAAGGAUUUCUGCUUCAAACAUCUUUACAAUUUGAAGAAUUUAAUAAAGAUGUGGUGAAACAGAAGAAUAUGAUUUUCGAUGCACAGUUGGUCACUCAACCUCAGGGAAGUUCUGUCUCAUUACCUAAAAGAGAGCAUAUCUGAUGGCCUGGUGUUCCAAUUUCCUUGGAGUGGAAAAGAUGGCGCGAAGGAAUUCGAGAACACGAAAAUGGCCUCGUUUCUCUACGCUGCGACAAAGGAAACUAUACCUGGGCAAAGCCUAAUAACGCGAGAAAUAUUUAAGCGGCACAUGACUGAGUUCAUAAGAGCUGCGAAAGCUCGUCACCGAACUGCAGCUAAAGGAUUAGCUGGUGGUCGAACUGGUGAUGGUGAUCGAGAAAACCUAUACGAAUUCGAAGAAAUCAAUUACGGAGAAGAAUUGGUGGAAGAGGAACCGGAGGGAGUAAAUUCAGAAGAGGAAGAAGAAAUUGCGGAGGAAGCAGGACAAGAGACAUAA